CGGGGGCUGUCAUGAGCCUCGCUAAUUCUCGUCUUGGCGCUUACCCACCACUAGCUGCUGCCUCCCCCGCACCACCCACCAUGACCACCCGGGCCUCCAUUCCAUUCCCGAAAGCCAUUCUCGUCUUCCAGCUACCUACGCGACAACGACAGCCAGCAACUCUCGAUCACUCAACCGCACCACAGCACAGCAAAAAAAAAAAGAGCAAGAAAAAGAAGAAAAAUACAGAACGCCAUGUCUGCCCCCGAACCCAAGAACUUUGAUCCCAAGACGCCGGUUAGCCUCAACCCGCCCAAGGACGACCCAAUCUCUCUUGAGGAGCUUGCGACCGCAGACGGAUCCGACCCCAAUAAGGUCUGGGUAGCCAUCAAGGGCGUAGUUUUCGACGUCUCGGGCAACAAGAGCUAUCUCCCCGGAGGAUCUUACAACGUGUUUGCCGGUAAAGAUGCAUCCCGCGGCCUGGCGAAGUCCUCGGUGAAGCAGGAGGAUGCCGUGCCCCAGUGGAACGACCUCGGACCCAAAGAGAAGCAGGUUUUGGAAGAUUGGUUCACUUUCUUCAGCAAGCGCUACAACGUCUUGGGGAAGGUUCCUCAGUACGCCAACCUGUAGUCGGUAGUGGAUGGUCGGAACAGAAAGCGAGCGGAGAGUGGCGAUUGCACUGGCGCAAACACUGAGAUGGGUCAUGAGGAUAUCUAGUCGUAGCCCAGGUAGUAGUGGGACGCGGGACAGAGACUUGAAUGGAAAUAACUAUACCUUCCUACACACCUGGGUGCUUGAUUGGACUGCCACGGAUCGAGCACGAUG